GUGGCAUAGAGGCCGAGUUAAACGGGCCAGAUCGCAGAUGGACGUCCGCGGGAGCGUUCUGUCAUGGAGAGCACAACGCGAUGUGCCGUAAGUGUGCUCAAGUAUCGUCGUCAUCGUGGUCGUUGCCGAAAUAAUCGCGUGUGUAGUAUUUCAAAUCGUAUCAUAGGAUUAUCACAGUGACAAUCGAUAUAUUUAGGCGUGCGUAAAGAUCGUGGUGCUCGUGGUGCUACUAUCGGUAUAUCGUGAACUGUGGCAGUCGAAUAAUUGUAUCGUAGCCACGUCUCUAUAUAUCCAAGACGAAUCUUUAGCGAUUAAAAGAAGUGAUUCUUUGUGAAUCGAAUAAUCGCAUCUACGUGCGAUUAACGUUCGAUUCAUCGAACAAUCGAUAAAUCGGCAAACGGUGCUGUGACAUGUUAACUGAGGUGCAUGCCAUUGUGUCUAAUAAUAGAUUCGUGAUUCGAAGUAUCGCAUAUAAUCCACGUGUUCGUUUCGAAGAGCGUACGGUAUUCAAAUAUUGUCAACAAGUUCGAGGAAUAGUCACCUGCUACGUAGCAUUUGGACAACCGUUUCGUGGAAUUGAGUCAAUGUCGACAACGGUACGCGUGUUGUUACCGCGUGACAUAAAGGCAUUGUAAACACACAAGUACGAGACGCACCUCUUUGUAUAUAUUACGAAAUUUAAACGAAGUUGAGCACGUAUAUUUCUCGUAGAACGUAUGUAAACAACAAGCAGAGAAACAAAUCAAAGUUUUUUCCGGUUACGACCAUUAUAAAUAUAUUAUUUAUAUACAUUAGCUCCUAUCUACGCAUAUUUCGCUUUUCGAGAAUAACGAGCGACGCUUCGAUAUACAAUCGAUUUUCGAUCGUAUCACGAACCUGGUCACAUGGUACAAACGAAAUCGAUUGCGAUUAUAACCGGAAACGUAUCAUUGUCGAUCGAUUGCUCGAUAAAUGUCGAUCUUCAUACGAAACAAGAAUACGAAAUCCUGUUAACUCGAUCCGUUAACGUAACGGACACACGAAGAUUGCGGAGACUGAGUCGUUUCGUAGCGCAUUUUUAUAAACGAAAUCGUGUGUAAAUCAAAUUAUUUGGUGGUGAUAAGGAAUUAUAUCAAAGUUUACGAAGUAUAUUAAUCGAUCGGGCAAAAUCAAUGCGUUCUCGCUUCUCGAACAGCGGUGUACGACAGUGACAAAUAAAAAAGGGAGUGAAAGACGAACGAUGCUGUCCGGUCGUCGCGGUUAAUUCGCACGUGUCGCGAUGUCGGGCGGCACGGCGGGCGUCCGUGGCACCGGCGCCGAGUGCAGGAAGUUCGCGCCGAACAUAUUCAACAAGAGCAAGUGCAGCAGCUGCUUCAAGCAGAAGGAGGAGCACAGCGCGGAGGCUCUGGAAUGCAACAGGGCAACGAGAAAGAUUUCAAAAUGCGGAUACCUGUUCGUCGCCCCGGGCUGGGACUUCUCCAAUCCGCUGAAUCGCACGAAGAGAUGGCAGAGAAGAUGGUUCGUCCUGUACGACGACGGGGAGCUGACAUACUCUGUGGACGAGCACCCGGAGACAGUUCCUCAAGCGAGGAUCGAUAUGACUCGUGUGUUGGAAGUUGCUGCUGCCGAGGAUAUCACCGGACAUCCGUACAGCCUGGCGAUCACCUCUCCGGAAGGAGUUACCUUCGUGAAGGGCACGUGCCGCGAGGAAACCAGAUGGUGGGCCGAUGUGCUUCAGGUCUACUCGAGGAACAAGGGCCGGCAUAAGAGGAAUGCGACGUUCCCCGGUGGACAGACCACCAUUCUUCAGGUCACUCCUACGAUCAGAAGUAACACGCCGAAUCCACCUCGACCACGGUUCAACAGCUGUCGUUCAGAGCCCCGCAGCAACACGUGGAUCUCGUCGGAAACGAACGUUCCCGCAGACCUUUGCGCAUCAGUCUUCUCCUCCACGCCAUCUCUGGUGACCAACAGCGUGGUAACGACGACCAGCAACACGUCGAUGAGCAACGGUAACGUGGUGGAGAACAGCAACGACCAUCGUGUCACCGCCAACGUGUCACCCCUUAGAACCAGCACGCCUCUUGAGAACGGUGGCUCCACCUACAUAACUUCCGUUCCAUCCACAUCCACCAUGAACGGGAGCGUGUCCAGCACCGUGUACACGACCACGUCGACCUCGACCACCGUGUCGUCCGUCAACUCGUUGACGGAGAAGCCACCGAUCGUGCCCAACGAGGGUAGAUCGAGCUACAAGGAUCAACCAGCUAGCAGCGCCUCCCCACCGACCAGAGACAAGCUUCGAGCGGAAGACAAGGCCAGACGCAGGAUGAAUCAGCACGGAGAACGAACCGGGACCGUCUGCUCUGGCGAGAAACUAGACGAUGACGCCUGUCGAAGGAUCCUGUUGGAGCAUGAAAGAGAAAGAGAAGGAAAAUUGCGAGACAUUGCCGCCUCCUUGACCCAGCCACGCGUCAGGAGGAUCAAGCCUAGGACGUCUGAGCCGACCAGGGAUGUGGUGGAUGCGGCCAACGCUGCCUAUCAGGAUAAGUUUAUUAGAGGCGAUCCGGAUGGAUGUGGCCUUGACAUCUCCGGCAUUAGAUACUCUCCUACCUCCGAACUGAGGGUCGAUCUACCUGCUGAAGAUUUAUUAAACAUAAAGAAAGGCUGGUUAAUGAAGCAAGGAUUAAAUAAGGAAUGGAACAAGCAUUGGUUCGUGCUUCGCGGUUGCGGCCUCAUGUACUACCGAGAUCCCUGCGCGGAAGAUAAGGGUAUCAUGGACGGUGUCAUAGAUCUGAAUACCGUUACCGCCGUCACGCCCCUUCAAGUCGCAAGAAAUUAUGGAUUCCAGACUGUGGCCUGGGACGAUCGAGGAUCUACGGUAUUGUCCGCGGUGACCGCUGGUAUACGAGCCAGUUGGAUGUCGGCCAUUCGGAGGGCUGCCAAUUUACCAGAUCCUGACAAUGGCAGCGAUUCUCUGACGGUUUGUCAGGAUGCGCAGCAAGAUAACACCCCACAAUCGCCUACCGCAUCUCUGACGGACCGCGAAAGAGACUCCUCGGUUGUUCCUUCAACGUCAGUCACACCACGCUCAGUUCUGUUUUCCUCCGAUGAAGAAUAUCGAACGGCAUCCGAAGGCGGCAGAAGAGAAUCUGGUGAUUGGUCCGAGGUCCCAGUAUCGCCACCCUUAGUGAGAAACGGCGACUGGCCCAGUGGAUUGAAGGGUUCCAGUUGGUCAGAUUCGGCGAACCACGAAUGGUCGGAAUUACCUCCGUCGCCACCGCUGACUAGAACCGCUUUGUCCAGAGUGAAAGCUCGAUCCAGAUCAAGCUCCAGAUCCAGAGUUUACAAGAGAAGCUGCAGCUCUCCUCUAAGCUCAAGAAGAAGCACUUUGGACAGCGUCAGGUCUGAGGAUUUGAUGAUGGCUUGCUGCGAAUUAGGAGAGGACGAAGAACAGCACAACGGGCACAUGCAGAAUAGUUGUCUGUCGAGCGCAAACGAGAGCCCAUUAAUAGUAGAAUUGUUGGAGAACCAGGUGUCUUUGCUGCGCGAUCAGUUAGAUCAAAAUCAGUCGCAUCCGAGCACACUACUAGUCAUUAUCGAGCGUCAAGAGAACGAAAUAGAAAGUUUAAAGUCGCAGCUGAAUACGGCGAGAGCGGACGUCGCGAGUGCUGAAAAGGAACUGUCCAGGUUGAGGCAGCAAAAGGCUGAAGCUUCCAUCAGAGAAAAACAAGUGGAUGAAUUAUUGAGCACGAUCCAGAGAACGGAGCAGCAGAGAAACAAGGACUUGGAGGAUCUAGAGAAGAUGAAGAAGAUGUACAACAGGGAUAAGGAGAUGUUGGAAUGCAAGUUGCUGGAGACCGAAGCUAUUCUUAGAGAGACCAGCGAGCGAUGUGAAAUGCUUACUAAAGAGUUGGCAUCGAGUCAUAGAACCGUCGAACAUCUGCAGUCGGAGAUAACCUCUUUGAGCAAUAGAUUAUCUCAAGGAAUAGAGGAAAACGAACGUUUGUAUAGCAAAGUUAGAGAACUGGAAGACAAAGGGGGCUUGUCUUCUUCGAAAGAACGAGGAAGAAGUUUCGAUUCUCUCAGUGAUUUGACGAACAUUGAGCUGGAUCUGGAUUUCAAUUCUCUUGACAAGGAAAGAAUCGUGGAAGAAUACGACGAACUUAGAUCCCGUUUCGAGAAAGCUAUCCUUGAGAUACGCGCGAUGCGCAAGGAGCUUCGCGAGGCGCACGCAAUGCAGGAUGCUUUGGAAUUGGAGAUCUUUGCUCACAAGCAGGACGCAGUUAGCGUGAACGAGACGAAUCAAGCUCAGAUUCAAUUAAUGGCAGCUAGGAUCCAAGAUUUGACCAACAAGCUUGCAGCCAGCGAGAAGCAAGUAAGGAAUCUGAAGCAGAAGCUGACAAAAGCUGAAACCAGGGACAAGAGGAGGUCGUUGUCGUUGAAGGGUCGUGAGUCCUUCCAGAUUUCUCAAGAGAUGGAGGACAAGUUGGUGGAUCUGGAGAACAAGAUCUGUGCUAUAGAACGCGGGAAGAGCAUCAGCGCGCCUGCGUCGGCGGGAAGCAGCCCGAAGGAGUCGAGCCCUAAUCCAAAGAAGGAGAAGAGGAGGGAUAGCAAGAGUCUGGACCGUACCAGAUUAAGAAGAAAAUCGCUGGACAGCGCAACUAGUUCAGAACCGAUGAAAGUGUUGAUCAGGCUGAGCACGUUGGAGACGAAGGUGGCAAACGUGCAAGAGAAUAUGGCGAGCGACGCAGAGAAAGACUCCAGCGAAUGUAGCGAGAUCAGCUCGCCCUCGACAAGCGAGGUGUCGUUGGAGAUAAUCGCGAGGUUGAAGAAAUUAGAGAGAGUGGUGUCGAAGUCGAAGAGGAGGCUAGAGAAGUGUUUAGGCUCGACGCAAGCGGAGGACAAAGCGGAGAAGUGUUUGCGCGAGGUAAACGAUAUUUUGGACUCGUGUUUAGAAUGUAAGAAAAACCAAGGUAGCGCUCAAGUGACCGAGUCAGUAGGCGUAGUGGUAUCUAGACUAGAGACUAUACUUAAAGAUAAAUUGAGCGAACUCACGAAGAGACGGCAGACGCUCGAGCAGAACGGCCAGCUGGACGAUAGGGAGAAGAUGAAGCUGAUCGCGGAGAGGGUUGCGUUCGAGUUCGUCGUUCUGAGACAGAUCAAGUGCGCGAUCGGCCGUACAUUCGACCGUAGUGCCGUUCUCAGUGAAUUGGUCGAAACUAGUCAGCUUGCCUCAAGCUUAAUGCGUAAGAUUCACGGAACUAAGCCCAAAACGUACCAAAACACCAGUUACAUUCAGUAUCUUACUAGAGUGUUAGCUAAUAAGUUAGUACUAGUAGGUGGCGUGGCAGCGACGGAGACGGUGUCCAAGGAGGUGUCCGCGGCUCGUAACGAGAGCUUGAACUUCUUGCUGCAGAAGCAGCGCGAGAUAAACGAGAUCGUGUGCAGAUACAAGGAGACGAAGUUGAGACAGCUCGCGGAGGCACUGGCCGCCGAGACGUUGAGCAUGUCGGAGCAAGAGGAUUCGAGCAAGCAACAGGCGACCAACUCGAGCAAAAAGUUGCUGGAGGAUCGACGAAUUCGCGAGGCAUGGGCGCUCGCCCAAGAAACGGUGAGCAAGGAGUUGGUGCAGGCGGAAGUGUCUCACGUGAUCAUGCGUUGCGGCCAGAUGUACGAGCAAAAUAUCACCAGCAUCACCGAUGCUUGCCUCAACUUCGAGAGCGCGGAGAACGUAACGUUAGAAUCUUGGAUCGACACGGCCCAAUCCAGGCUGCGCGAAGAGAUGGAACAGUCGACUCGCGAGCUGUCCAACGUGUACGAAGAAUGCCUUCACCAGUUGAAGAAGAACAAGUCGGCGAUAGUCGAGUCGAAAUACGAGUCGAGACAAUUGUUGACUGACUACGCGGACGUGAUCGCGCACAAAGCUUUAAUAGACGCCAGAAUCGAGCUUCUUCAGGAGAACGCGAGACAAUCGACCACGCCCUUCCCUGGGGAGACUUUCGUAUCUAGUCUAAUCCGAAACGACGACGUUCUUUCGAGUCUGCUAGAGGCAGGCGAUCAAGAGUUCCAAAGCAAUCCAAUUCUCGACGCGGAGUACAGUUACCUUUAUCAGCAAUUUAGCAAGGACUGCGAGGACAGGAUAUCCGGUUCGAAGCGCGCCUCCAAGGAGCAAAUGAAGAACGUUGGCCAGAGUUUGCUCUGUCUCGAGGAGGAUUUGGUCGAGUUUGGCAAACGCGUUUUGAGAGAGAAAUUGGACGAGAGUGGCGAGAAUGUUUCACGGCCGGCGAAAUCGGCCACGAUGAUUACCAUUACCGACUGGUCGAGCGUGUGCGAGAAAUGCUCGCAGUUGCGCGAGCAGAUAAAAAAAUUGAGCGACCAUAUGAACAGCGUGACUUGCAAACAGUGUGACCAAUUGCAGAAAACUAUCGAGAGGAUAACGGUGGAGCAUAAUCAAGAGUUGGAGACGUUGAAGCGUAACCAGGAGAGGGAUUUGAUGGACAUCAAGGGUGAAUUGGACAAUCAGAGGCAAUCGUUGACCUCUCAGUACGAGCAGGAAGCGGCCAGUUUGCGCGAAAAGGCGAGAAAAUUGGAGCACAGGCUGAACGCAAUGGACUCCGAGCAUUCCGCUCACGUGAACGAACUUAGAGCCGCUUAUCAAAGAUCUAUGAGCGCCGAAUUGGAUACAGAUGCGGAAACGAGGAAGAGAUACAAAGAAGAGAUCAAGCAACUGCGAGCGUUGUGCGAAAAGGGUUUGCUCGCUAUGGAGAAUUCUCACAGGCGCAUCAUUUCCGAGAUGGAGGAGAAACACCGACAAGAGUUGGAAAAUCUGAGGGUGGAGAAGGAGCAGGCGUUGUCGGAAGAGACUCAGGCCACUCUGGCGGCCCUGGACGCUAUGAGAAAAGCUCACGAGCACGAGGUGCAGAAAGAAAUAGCUAAAUUCAAACAGGAAUUUAUUAAACAAAUGCAGGCACGCGAAGACAUUGGCGUGCUUCACAAGGAACACGAGGAAGAGAUGGAGGAGAUCAAACAGGAGAUUCUUUCCUUAUCUGCCAAGUACUCGUCCAAGUGCGUAGAAUCAGCGGCUUUGGAGGAAAAGGUAGGAUCCCUUACCAAGCAGCUUGCUCAAGCGCAACAACACAUUAUGCAAUUGGACGCGAGGAACAAACAGCUUAGGGCGCAUCUUGUAUUGGAAACGAACGACAGCGCAAACGACAACAUGCAAAUGUUGAGGGGCAGGGACAACGAGAUUGGCGAGCCGAGGGAAGAGAUCCAUCGACUGCAACAGUUGAAGCAUGGGGAGGCCCCUCGUGAUACGUCCGGUGUGCCAUCGAAAUCUUCGUCGCUAAGCUACUCGCCGCAGCGUGGCAGGAUUAAUAACGAGCCGCUGCUCAGAGCGGCGAGCAGCGAGGAGCAGAGAACGGGCGGCGAAAGGCCGAGAAGCACGCUGUCCACGUUGCAAAAGAGCACGCAGGACAAGCAGGCAGCGUUCUCGUACAAGCUUGAACGCGUUAAAUCGGUCUCGUUGCCUUACUCGAGUAACUUGGUUAGGCCGGGCAAUAGUUCUGGCGUGAACUCGCACGACGUGAAAGAGGUGAGCUUAGGGCAAAAGAGCCAGGAGCGUAACGGCCUGGCAUCGCCGCUCUGGGACAGCCUGAGACCGAGGAGCGGACUGCCCCAUCAGUAUCAAGGUGGCACAGCAGAGGUCGACGGCGCCGGCGGUGGCUGGCAGAGCAGCGACAAAACCGAAAAACAGCAAGAGGCAUACAGCUUCCAUGCCGACAAUCCUCCCGAGUCCCGCCUCACCCCGGAACCCCCAGCUCUCUCCGUUGCAGAGCUGAUGAGGUCUCCAGCAGUGAGGUGGUCCAGCAGAAGUUGUCGUAGCUUGCCUCCAACGCCCACGCCGAGUUAUCAUCACCCGCUCCACCCACCACUUCCAGCAGUGGGAAUGGUCGCCGAGAGGAAGAAACGUUUCGAGCUCUGAAUCGUUAAUUAACACGCAUACUAUAUUCUUCCGUUAAAAAUUCAUAAUCACGCAUAUCAUAUAAAAAAAAAAG